AUGGAGAAGUGCCCUGUGGUGAAAUCCUUUUUUGAAAUCAUUACCACUGUGUCCUCUGGGCUAAAGACCACUCAGCUUGUCAUCAGUGUACAGUCCAAAAGCCAGUUCUUGGAUCCCACUCCCCCCCCUCCACACACAGCUGUGGGCUCUACCAGCCAGUAUAAGGGAAGCCCUGGAAAGCGCCCGCACUCUCCUAAGGAUCAGGACAGAACAAGGAUAAGAGCCACUUUGCUUUCCAAAGCCAUGGAGGACUGUGAGACACAUUCAGUGUCUGAGCUGAGGAUUGUUCUUUUGGGGGAGAGCAGCUCUGAGAUCAGCACAGUGGGAAACUUCAUCCUGAACAGAGAUGCAUUUGAUACUGAAGCUCCUCCUCCUUCAGUAGAGCAGCACAGUGAGAGAGCCAGAGGAAAGGUGGAGGGAAGAUACAUCACGGUCAUCAACACUCCUCACCUGCUUGAUCCUGAACUCUCUGUAGAUCAGACCACAGCGUGGUUUAAAGAGAGUUUGUAUCUCUCUGCUCCUGGACCUCAUGUGUUUUUACUGGUGCUGCAGUCUUGUACACUUAAAAGGGAGGAUCAGGAGAGAAUGAGGAGCAUAAUGGACGGUCCCUGGUUUAUGAAGCACGCUAUCAUUUUGUCUCUAGAUGAUGGGGUUAGCCCUCAUGCUGCUGCUGAAGCUCUGAAAGGAAGCAAUAAGCCCUUGUAUUUGAUCAUCAGAAAGUCUGAAGUACAACAUAAAGUGCAGGUGCUGCAGCUUUUGGAGAAGAUAGAAGAGGUGGUGACACUUAAUGGAGGAGGAUACCUGACCUAUCACACUAAUGAAUUGCUUUUAACAGAAGAAAAAACCUUAGAAAAGGGGAGCAAAAGGAGUAAAAUGUCGAAACUUCACGCACAAAGUGUGAGGAUUGUUCUGCUGGGGAAGAACAGCUCAGAGAUCAGCAGAGUGGGAAACUUCAUCCUGGACAGGAACGCAUUUUAUACAGAAGCUCCUCCUCCUUCAGUAGAGCAGCACAGUGAGAGAGCCAGAGGAAAUGUGGAGGGAAGAAACAUCACCCUCAUCAACACUCCUCACCUGCUUGACACUGAACUCUCUGUAGAGGAACUAAUUAAUAGAUUGAAAGAGUGUAUGAGUCUGUGUGCUCCUGGACCUCAUGCUUUUUUAUUGGUGCUGCAACCUGAUGAGUGUACACCAAGAGACUGGGACCAAAUGAAAAUGGCUCUCAGUAAUUUAUCUCAUAAGACCUUAAAUUACACCACAGUGCUAACAACACAGAAAAAAGGCACUGGCACAGGUCCACACAAGGAGAAUGACCUUGUAAAAGACAUUAUUAAGCAAUGUGGAGGCCGACAUUACCAGCUUGAAACAGGCAGUGCUCGUUCUGAUGUGUUAAAUGUAAUUGACAAAAUGGUGAAGAAGAACAAAAAUCAUCCAAUGAAGUACAGUGAACAUUUGGAAUCACUCUAUGAAAGAGACUGGAGGAUGCACUGUGCAAGCAUGUCGAAAGAAAUGACUGGAGGAGUGAUACGCCUGACGCCCAGCACAGUCACUGAGACUAAACCAUUGUCUGAGAGGCUGAACUUGGUUCUUUGUGGGAGUGAUGGAGCAGUGAAGUCCUCCAUAUCAGAUCUCAUACUGGGUCAGAGAGAGCUCAGUCCAGAGUCCAGCUCAGUGUGCGUGAGGAGGGAGGGAGAAGUGUGUGGACGUCUGGUCACUCUGGUGGAGAUGCCGGCUGUCUACAACAUUCAGCUCUCAAAGGAUGAUGUAAUGCAGGAGACUCACCGCUGUGUCUCUCUCUGUGAUCCUGGAGUUCAUGCUUUUCUCCUCAUCAUUCCUGAGGGUCGCCUCACUGAUAAAGACAAAGGAGAAAUGGAGAAGAUCCACAGAAUCUUUGGAUCCAGAUUCACUGACCACACUAUAGUGCAGAUCUCUCAGCACUCUCAGAAUACACAGUUAGAUGAGGCUGUUAAGACUGUGAUAGAGGACUUUGGGAAACGACACCUGUUCUUCAACUACAGUUCACAAGUGCCAGAGCUGAUUGAACAUGUCGAGGAGCUUCUUACAGAGAACAGGUGUAGCCAGUACACCACACACAUGUACCUGGGUGCACAGAUUGAAAUCCAACAGAAAUAUGAGAGAGAAGUUGCUCAACUGAAACAAAAAAUGUCCGAACUCACAGGCAAGUUUAAUUUAACAGAUUUACCAAAAACUCUGAGAAUCGUCCUGCUGGGGAAGACAGGAGUUGGAAAGAGUGCAACAGGAAACACCAUCUUAGGCCAAGAAAAUCUGUUUAAGGAAGAAAUCUUUGGAGAAUCAGUUACAACAGUGUGCCAGAAAGAAGCAGCUGAAAUCAGUGAGAGACACAUUACUGUAAUUGACACUAGAGGACUGUUUGAUGCAUCUACUUCUGAUAUCAACACCAGGAAUGAAAUCAUUAAAUCCAUCACCAUGGCAACACCAGGUCCACAUGUGUUCCUGCUGGUAGUGCCAAUUGGACGACAGAACCAAGACGUGAAUGAGAUACUGAAGAUGAUCCAAAAUAUCUUUGGUGAAGAGUCCAGAAGAUACACCAUUGUGCUGUUUUCCAGAGGAGAUGAUCUUAGAAAGAACACCAUUGAACAGUUCAUAGAAAAUUCUGGUCAAAACAUAAAAGACCUCAUCAGAAGUUGUGGAAACAGAUAUCAUGUGUUCAAUAACAGAAAUCCUGAAGACCGCACUCAGGUCACUGAUCUACUGGAGAAGAUCGACUCCAUGUUGACAGUGAGUGGAGGGAGCUUCUACACUAAUGAGAUGUUCCAGCAGAUAGAGAAAGAUCUACAAGAAGAGCAGAAGAGGAUACUGAAGGAGAGAGAGGAGGAGAUAGAGAGAGAGAAAGAAAGGUUGAAGGCUAAAGAGAAUAAAGCUACACAGAUAAUGUUGGAGAACGUAAAUAAACAGAGGCAGCAACAAAAGUUAUGGUACCAGAGGCGAAUUUUAAAGCAAAAUGUGCAGCCGGAGCUCGAUGAA